GCCACUGAAAGCAUACCAGGGUGGGCUGAUGUGAAGGGAAACUACUUUACCGAGCUGGUUAUACGGUUUUGAAACAGAAACCGAUCAUUAAACAUGGACAUGUGACAACCUAAUUAAUGAAUGAAUGUGACGAAAUCGACCCAUUAGCUGAUUGCUCGCCGUAUGGCUUCACCAGACGGACUGUCCCAGUUUUCGUGCUAAGUGUCCAGUGAAGCCCACAAGAUAGACUUCACACUGGAAUGAGGGCAGAACGGGAAUGACGCUGGAACGGGCAGUCCCAAUGUUGCUCAUCCUGAUUUUUGCUUAGAAAAGGGGCAGAGACAUGGCCCUGGAGACAUCUUCAUUUCCUAAUGGGUGUAUUGCAGGCAUCCAUACAGUGGGAUGGGCACUCAUCCUGCCCUGCUUCUGGUUUCUUGAUCGACUCAUUGCUGUGUGCAAGUCCACCACCCAGGAGCAAACCCAGCGACUGGAGCAGGAAUGCUACCUCCACCCCCUCAAAGUCUUCUUCGGCUCCAUUAUCUUCUUCAUUCUUUUUCUUGUCACAGCCCCCUUGGCCUUCCUGGGAUUUAUUGUCUGGGCACCUCUUCAGGCCUGUCGCAGGCCCUUUUCCUACCACAUAGAGGCACCAUCCUCAGCAGAGAAGGAGACACACAGGGGCUUUGAGCUGGUAGGAAAGGCAUCAUUUGGAUUUGCAACUGCCAACCUAUGUCUGUUGCCUGACAGCCUGGCUCGCUUCAACAACCUGGGGCACACCCAGCGCAGGGCUACCGUCAUUGGGCAGCACAUUGUCCAGGGUGUGUGUCGACCCCAUAUCCGCAUCUUUGUUGACUCCCCCAGCAGCUGUGGGACUCUCAGCCCCUCCAACAGCAUCCUCCCUGCAGCUAACUCAACUUCAUAUGGGGCUACUGAUAGACAAGCACAGCCUCCAAUGAGUCAUCACUCCGAUUCAGCUGAAGUACACGUUUCAGUCCCAAAAUCCAGUAGUCACGUGGUUUGCGUGCCCUGUGAUGACACAGAGGAGCCCUCAACUGAAUCACAUUCUCCCCUUUUCAAUUCCAAUCAGAACUCAAACCAGCAGGGGCGAGCAGGUCACCGAAGUGCUCCUCGAGCUUUGUUCUCCCAGGGUCUCCGCCAGCAGGAUGAUGUGCCCUGGGAAGUGUCUUCACUGUUUCCAGCCAAUGUGGACAUCCUGUGUCUGGAGGAAGUGUUUGAUAAAAGGGCCGCACAGAAGCUCAUCCAAGCACUAAGACCCGUGUUUGGACACAUCCUGUAUGACAUUGGUGUGUAUGCCUGCCAGCCACCGUGCAGAUGUUCCUCUUUUAAGUUCUUCAACAGCGGGAUGUUCCUCGCCAGCCGGUUCCCUCUGCUCGAGGCCCAGUACCACUGCUUUCCCAACAGCCGUGGGGAAGAUGCACUGGCUGCCAAGGGCCUCCUUUCUGCCAAGGUGCUAAUCGGGCAGAAUCAAAAACAAAAGAAAGUGGUUGGCUAUUUUAACUGCACACAUCUUCAUGCACCAGAGGGUGAGGGAGAAAUUCGCUGUGAGCAGUUGAACAUGAUUACAAAGUGGAUUGGUGAUUUUCAAGUUGCCAACAAAUUGCCGGAUGAGGAUAUUGCCUUUGAUGUGCUCUGUGGAGAUUUCAACUUUGACAACUGCUCACCAGAUGACACCUUAGAACAGAAUCACUGUCUGUUUGAGGAAUACAGAGAUCCUUGCAGAGCAGGGCCUGGAAAAGAGAAGCCCUGGGUCAUUGGUACUCUUCUGGAGCAGCCCACUUUGUAUGAAGAUGACAUAAACACCCCAGAAAAUCUACAAAGAACUUUGGAGAGGGAGGAGCUAAGAAAGCAGUACAUCUCCCCUCCUGUUCCUGCAGAGGACUGCCCAUUGGUUUAUCCUGAGACUGGCCAGCCAUGGAUCGGACGUCGGCUCGACUACAUCCUGUACCGCGAAAGCUCAAUUUCAAAACACUGUCGAACAGAAAUUGAAGAGGUGACCUUUAUAACCCAGCUUGCUGGUCUUACGGACCAUAUUCCUGUGGGCUUGAGACUGAAUGUAACUAUGGACUCUGACGCUACUGAUUAAUGGUGAUGAUAGUGAACACAGCAUUGUGUACAAAGGGAAAAAAAUAUACAACAAUGGACAUUGCUCUGAUCUAUCCGUCUAUAAGCACAACAGUAUCUCCUUGACAUAUUUGAAUUUGUGCUUUGUAUGACAGAGUACAGACCAAUUAGGUUAUACCUCAGGUGGAAUUAAUUUGUUUUUUAAAAAUUUUAUAAUGUUUUUAAUUUUAUAAAUUUACAUAAGCCCAUUUAUGGGCAAAUGUAUUGCUUUUAUAACACAAUAUAUUUUUUAGGAUUUUUUUUCCUACAGAAAUAUAUGCAAAUAAUAAAUUU